UGCCAUAGGAUGACCGCUGCUGGUCCCCUCUUACUGGCUGUGAUAUCGUCUGUCCUGUGGCUCACGCGGGGCUUCGACCCGGCUCCCAGCGCCUGCUCCGCCCUGGCCUCCGGCGUCCUCUACGGCUCCUUCUCCCUCAAGGACCUGUUCCCCACCAUCUCCUCGGGCUGCUCCUGGACCCUGGAGAACCCCGACCCCACCAAGUACUCGCUCUACCUCCGCUUCAACCGCGAGGAGCAGGUCUGCACCCACUUCUCGCCCAUGGUGCUGCCGCUCGACCACUACCUGGCCAACUACACCUGCGACCCCCGGGGCGAGGCCAGCCCCGCUCCCACUCGCCAGCACCCGGAGCAGCAGCAGCAGGAGGAGGAGGAGGACGAGGAAGCCGAGCUGGAGCUGUGCGAGGGGGCGGGACCUUUCACCUUCCUGCAUUUCGACAAGAACUUCGUGCAGCUGUGCCUGGCGGCCGAGCCCGAGGCGGCUCCGCGGCUGUUGGAGCCGCAAGCGCUGGAAUUUCGCUUCGUGGAGGUGCUGCUCAUCAACAACAACAACUCCAGCCAGUUCACCUGCAGCGUGCUGUGCCGCUGGCUCGAGGAGUGCCUGCAGGCUCCCGGUGCUCGCCGCUGCGGUUUCACCCACGCCGGCUGCAGCUGCCAGGCUGAGACCCCUCCGGUACCGCGGCGAAACGGAACCCGGCCCCCGGCUCAGCCCGUGCCCACCCCGGAGCCCCCCGCCCCCGACUGCUGCCCCACCGAGCUGCAUUCUGCGAAUGCCAACGAGCUCGACCUGCCCGAGGUGCCACACGGCAAUGCGGUCGAGGAGAACCAGAAGGUGAAGACCCAGUGGCCGCGGUCAGCGGAUGAACCCGGGGUCUACAUGGCCCAGACAGGGGACCCCGCGGCGGAGGAGUGGUCGCAGUGGAGCGUGUGCUCCCUGACGUGCGGCCAGGGCUCCCAGGUGCGGACGCGCUCCUGCGUCUCCUCUCCGUACGGGACUCUGUGCAGCGGGCUGCUCCGAGAGACCCGCACCUGCAACAACACCGCCACCUGCCCAGUUCCCGGCGCGUGGGAGGAGUGGUCCCCGUGGAGCCUGUGCUCGGUGACCUGCGGGCGAGGGGCCAGGACCAGGACUCGGCUCUGCGUGGCCUCGCGGCGCGGAGGGAAGGCCUGCGAGGGCCCCGAGCUGCAGGCCAAGCCCUGCAAUAUCGCGAUCUGCCCCGUGGAAGGGCAGUGGCUGGAGUGGGGCGCCUGGAGCCGCUGCUCCGUCACCUGUGCCAACGGCACCCAGCAGCGGACGCGCAAGUGCAGCGUCUCGGCCCACGGCUGGGCCGAGUGCCGCGGUGCCCACGCCGACGCCCGGGACUGCUCCAACCCCACGUGUCCCACAGACAGCAAGUGGGGUCCUUGGAACCACUGGAGCCUCUGCUCCAAGACCUGCGACACCGGCUGGCAGCGGCGCUUCCGCAUGUGCGAGGGCACGGGCAUGCAGGGCUACCCCUGCGAGGGCAGCGGCGAGGAGGUGAAGACCUGCAACGAGAAGAAGUGCCCAGCUUACCACGAGAUGUGCAAGGACGAGUACGUGAUGCUGAUGACCUGGAAGAAAACGGCUGCCGGGGAGAUCAUCUACAACAAAUGUCCCCCCAACGCCACAGGGACUGCCAGCCGCCGGUGCCUGCUGAGUCCCCAUGGGGUCGCCUAUUGGGGUGUGCCCAGCUUUGCCCGCUGCGUGUCCCACGAGUACAGAUACUUGCAUCUCUCACUGCGGGAACACCUGGCCAAGGGCCAGCGGGUGCUGGCAGGGGAGGGCAUGUCCCAGGUGGUGCGGAGCCUGCUGGAGCUCAUGGCCCGCAAGACUUACUACAGCGGGGACCUGCUCUUCUCCGUGGACAUCCUGCGCAAUGUCACCGACACCUUCAAGAGGGCCACCUACAUCCCGUCCUCCGAGGACGUGCAGCGCUUCUUCCAGGUGGUGAGCUACAUGGUGGACGCGGAGAACCGCGACAAGUGGGAGGAUGCGCAGCAGGUCUCUCCCGGCUCCGUGCACCUGAUGAAGGUGGUGGAGGAUUUCAUCCACCUGGUGGGGAACGCGCUGAAGGCUUUCCAGAGCUCCCUCAUCGUCACUGACAACCUGGUGACCAGCAUCCAGCGGGAGCCCGUGAGCGCCGUGUCCAGCGACAUCAACUUCCCCAUGAAGGGGCGGCGGGGGAUGAAGGACUGGGCCCGCAGCUCCGAGGACAAACUCUUCAUCCCCAGGGAGGUGCUGAGCCUCGCCUCGGCCGGUGACACAUCUGGGCGCACAUCUGGCCGCCCCAUUUGUCCCCUCCCGCGUGUCACCGAGCCCGUGGCUCUCCCCGCAGAAGCCGAGGAGUCGUCGCACUUCGUCAUCGGGGCGGUGCUGUACCGCACGCUGGGGCUCAUCCUGCCCCCGCCCAGGAGCCCCCUGGCUGUCACCUCCAAAGUGCUGACGGUGACAGUGCGUCCGCCCACCCGGCCCGCGGAGCCGCUCGUGCUGGUGGAGCUGUCCCACAUCAUCAACGGCACGUCCCACCCGCAGUGUGUCACCUGGGACUACGCGAGGACGGAUGCUGGCUUGGGAAACUGGGACACGGAGAGCUGCCAAACCCUGGAGACCCUCCCGGCGCACACCAAAUGCCAGUGCCGCCAGCUCGCCACCUUCGCCGUCCUCGCCCAGCUGCCCAAAGACCUGGCCAUGGACCCCUCGGGGACACCGUCGGUGUCCUGCAUGGCCCUGCUGACCCUGCUGGUGAUCUACGCGGCCUUCUGGAGGUUCAUCAAGUCAGAGCGCUCCAUCAUCCUGCUCAACUUCUGUGUCUCCAUCCUGGCUUCCAACAUCCUCAUCCUCGUGGGCCAGUCCCAGAUGCUCAGCAAGGGCGUGUGCACCAUGACCGCCGCCUUCCUCCACUUCUUCUUCCUCUCGUCCUUCUGCUGGGUGCUGACCGAGGCCUGGCAGUCGUACCUGGCGGUGAUCGGCCGGAUCCGGACACGCCUGGUCAGGAAGCGCUUCCUGUGCUUGGGAUGGGGGUUGCCAGCCCUCGUGGUCGCCGUCUCCGUUGGCUUCACGCGGACCAAAGGCUACGGGACAGCGAGCUACUGCUGGCUCUCUCUGGAGGGCGGCUUGCUCUACGCCUUCGUGGGACCCGCUGCUGUCAUCGUGCUGGUGAACAUGCUGGUGGGCAUCAUCGUCUUCAACAAGCUCAUGUCCCGCGACGGCAUUUCAGAUAAGUCCAAAAAGCAGCGAGCUGGCUCCGAGCCCCCCCCGUGCGGCAGCCUGCUGCUGAAAUGCACCAAGUGCGGCGUGGUGUCCAGCGCGGCCAUGACCUCCGCCACCGCCAGCAGUGCCAUGGCAUCGCUGUGGAGCUCCUGCGUGGUCCUGCCUCUGCUGGCGCUGACCUGGAUGUCGGCCGUGCUCGCCAUGACCGACCGGCGCUCCAUCCUCUUCCAGGUCCUUUUCGCCGUCUUCAACUCCGUCCAGGGCUUCGUCAUCAUCACCGUGCACGGCUUCCUGCGCCGAGAGGUCCAGGACGUGGUCAAGUGUCAGAUGGGGGGGUGCAGGAGCGAGGAGAAUGAAAACUCGCCCGACUCCUGCAAGAACGGGCAGGUGCAGAUCCUGACAGAUUUUGAAAAGGACGUUGACCUGGCGUGUCAGACAGUGCUGUUCAAAGAGGUGAACACCUGCAACCCCGCCACCAUCACGGGCACCUUGUCCCGCAUCUCCCUGGACGGGGACGAAGACCCCAAGCUCAACACGACCUCGGAGGGCGGCCUGGGCUUCUCCAGCCUGCCAGGGAACAUCCCCCCGACCAGCAUCCUGGUGCAGGUGCCCAAAAUGACGCCCAACGUUGUGGCGGGUCUGACGGAGCUGGGCGAGCCUCCGGCGCAGCAGCUCAGCUUGGAGGCGCCGGGUCCCGUUUACCUGUGCACGGAGAGCAGCCUGAGGCCGCUGGAAUACGGCUGGAUCCGGGCCCCCGAGCCCCCCCGCGAGAGCGAUUACAUGAUGCUGCCCCGCCGCACCGGCAGCCUCAAGCCCUUCCCCCGGGACGAGGGCACGCUCGGUGCCGGUGCAGAGGAGGCGGUGCCCGGCGGGACGGGGCGCCCGGCGGCAGAAGGGGAUGCCUAUCCCGGUUUUGUGGCCGUGGAUCACGUCAAUGUGAACCUGAACCAGCCCUACGCCACGGUGAAGGCUCCCUACGGCCUCCAGUUCAAGCAGCAUCCCACGGUGAGGCAGAUCCUGGCCUCGGAGCUGUCGGAGCGCAGCCGCACCAUGCCCCGCACCGUGCCCGGCUCUGCCAUGAAAGUGGGGUCCCUGGAGAGGAAGAGGUUGCGGUACUCUGACCUGGACUUCGAGAAGGUGAUGCACACACGGAAACGCCACUCCGAGCUCUACCACGAGCUCAACCAGAAAUUCCACACGCUGGACCGGUACCGGGCUCCGUCCACCGGCUCCUCCAAGCGAGAAAAGCGGUGGAGCGUCUCGUCGGGCGGCGGGGACAAAAGCACGGGCAACGAUGUCCCCGAGGAGCAGCGGCCGAAGGCUCCGGCCGCGCCGCCCAAGCCAUGGAGCACAUUCAAGGCGAUGACACUGGGCUCGCUGCCCAGCGCCCAGCGGGACCGGCUGGAGCUGUGCCGGGCAGACUGGGACAGCCCCUGUGCGGGCCUGGACGCGGCCGAUGGCGACUUCCAGACGGAGGUGUGA